AUGUCAAGAAAAAUAGAUCGUCGACCUGGAGGUAUUAUAGACGAAGAUACUAGACGGCAGAGUCUAAAGCGCCGUCUCGACGGUCUCGAACGUGACAACUACCAGGAAGUACCCGAGUUAGAGCUUCUUGGAACAGUUAUUAAGCCAAGAAGGACGUCAGAAGUGGGUGAUCGAGACGGGGCGAUAGCCAACAAGAAACCACGCCUACGAAGUAAGAAAGAAAUUCUCCGCCAACUGUAUAUCAAAAAGUCUUUAAAGACAUUAAUCGACGAGUCGAGGGUAGAACUAGCUUCAGAAGACAUGCCGACAUAUUUAACAGCUGCUGCUUCGCCUUCAAAGUUUCCUCCAAAAAAAUUUUGUUCAGUGUGUGGGUUUUUGUCAAAGUACAACUGUAAGCAAUGUGGUGCGAAAUAUUGCAGUUUGGCUUGUAAGGCAACGCAUACGGACAUGAGAAACACACCAGUAGUAGAAAUGGAGGAAUACCGUGAUGAAGCCGAGGAAGAUGAUGUUGAACCUGAACUCGUAGCUGGUCUGAUUGGGUUUGGAUUUGUUUGA